UCACAAAAUUCGAGAGCAGACGAGUUGUGAAAGUCUCUAGAGAUUUACAAUCUUUUUACACUUUUAUCUCGUACAUUUCAGGAAGUUGAAAACACGAGAUUGUUCCAGGAUGUCUGCUGGGGGUGCUUUGCAGACUGAUUUUAUGACCCUGACGAGGUUUGUUCUAGAGGAACAGAGACGUUUUCCGAGCGCUACCGGUGAGCUCACCCAGUUACUCAAUGCGUUACUGACCGCCAUCAAAGCGGUGUCGUCGGCAGUGCGUAAAGCAGGCAUCGCUAAACUAUAUGGUAUAGCAGGUAGCACCAACACUACCGGAGACGAACAGAAGAAACUUGACGUCCUAGCCAACGAUCUCUUCAUCAACUCACUCCGUUCUUCUUUCACAACCUGCGCUCUCAUCUCAGAGGAGAACGAGACGUUGAUAGAGGUCGAGGUGGAGCAGAGAGGAAAGUACGUCGUUGCGUUUGAUCCGUUGGAUGGAUCCUCAAACAUUGACUGUCUUGUCUCUAUUGGGUCCAUCUUUGGUAUCUGGAAAAUGGAGACCAAUGCUGCUCCCACGGACAAAGAUGUGCUUCAACCUGGUCGUAAGAUGAUUGCCGCUGGUUACGCAUUGUACGGAAGCGCCUGCAUGGUCGUUCUUAGUGCUGGGAACAGCGUGAAUGGGUUUAUGCUUGAUCCAGCUAUUGGAGAGUUCAUCCUGACAGAGCGUAACAUACGAAUCAAACCGAGAGGAAAAAUCUACAGCAUCAACGAAGGUUACACGGAGCUAUGGGACGAGGAAAUCAAAGAAUACGUCAAUGCUAAGAAAACAUCAACAGAGGGUAGAGCAGCUUAUGGAUCUCGCUACAUUGGUUCGAUGGUUGCCGAUAUGCAUCGUACCUUGGUGUAUGGAGGAAUCUUCUUAUACCCAGCACACAAGAAGAGUCCCAAGGGAAAGCUAAGGCUUUUCUAUGAGGCGAACCCAAUGGCGUACAUCGUAGAAAAAGCUGGUGGCAUGGCAACCACCGGGAAGGAAGCCAUCUUGGAUGUCCAGCCGACUAACAUCCAUCAACGUGUCCCCGUCAUUAUGGGCUCAACAGAAGAUGUUAAAGACUUCCUGGCUGUCGUUGAGAAACACAAGAAAUAGAUGAGGAGUUGCUAUCAGAUGAUUAGCUUUAAGAAAAGGUACAGCGCAAGUAUUAAUUUUCAGAGAGUUGCUAACCAAAUUUACUUUAUUACUUAUAACUCAUACAUAUUCAUGACCGAGAGUCAAAUUCUCUCUGGUCCAUUCAACAUCACGUGCCAGGUGCUAUCUUUGCUGUUUAGUAUUCUCGCACAUGGCAAAUAAGCAUGACAAGUCGGGCAGCCCAGGCGACAGUCUACUUGUCAUGCGCUACAUGGUCGUGGAACUGUUCCCCGGUGUUGUUCGCAUGUGCCUAGUCGGUGAAUAAACUGGAUGCAUUUUAUUUCACAGUUGUCAUUUCCCCUUGCUCAAAAUAAUAAUGUUCCAGUAACUGAAUAAUGUAUGAGGUAUAUUAAUACAAACACAACUUGGUUUACUUCGGGUGAACAGUCAAUAGCUCCGCGAGGUAUUGAAAGUUGGCCAACUAGUUCCUUCGGCUUCACCUCAGGCACCAGUGUGUCAACUUCCAAAACCUUGGGAGCUAAUAUUGACUGUUCACCCUCAAACCAUGUUAUAUUUUUAUAUUCGCACAUCAUAGCACAUACUCCACCAUAAUGCCAUGUAAUUUUAAGUUAUUCAUGAUUGGAAAUGACAGAUAUUUUUUUUUCAAUCCAAAAUCUAUAUUUUUAAAAGCGUGAUGCCAGUGUCGAACCUUUGAAAUGGUUAUUUAAAUACUGUCAUGUGCGCAGAAAACUGUUCCCCUAAACUCAGUUAGUUAUUAUUUCGCUAUUGUCAAAUGAAUAUAAAUAUAAAUUUUACAUGUUUUUUUUAAUUUUGUUACCAAUCUCCAUGUACAACUCAAAAAUCAUGGGUGUGUUUAUGGUGUUCCAGCCAUUGUUAGAUAUUUUCAAUAAUAACACAAAAUAUGACUCGUUUACAAAAUUUGAAAAAAAAAUCCUUGAAAUGCCUAAAAUAUUUGAAUUGACCAGUAUUCACUUUGAUAUGGAGUUAUCAGUUGUUUUCAUUGCGUGGUUGUUUAAAAAAAAACAAUAUUUUAUCACUAAUUUUCAUUAAGCUAGUUUCCAAACUAGAAAUCAAAUAUUUGUGUUCUUUAAAAUACAUAGUGUCCGUCUGCAUUGAGUUUUAUAAGAAAAGACAUAGUUAAUCUUAUUUAUUUUAGUAUUAAUAAAGAAUAAAUUUGACAUUUUAAAAUCAAAGGCAUAAUUUCAAAAACCACUUAGCACAGAAGGUGCAGUCAACCAGCCAAAUGGUAUGCUCUUUGUAUCUUGUGCAGUGAUGCAUGAUGACAUUUGUAACUGCUAAGCAAAUCAAAUUUAGUAAGCAAUACUUUGUACCAAGCAUGGUAAAAAGAACAUCAAACCUUCAUCAAUGUUUAGAUUUCUUUUCCCGUAAAGUGAACAAAAUUACGUCAUUUCAUAGAGAUUCCAAGUAAUCGCAUCUCAUCAAUGCAAGUUUUUUCGCAAAAAAAAUCUUUAGAUUUGGUAAUCAUUGUAUCAAUGAUGAAUACAACACAUAGACCAAUCCGACGAAACAAAAUUUGGUAGCGCCCUCUAUUGAAAAUUACCAACUGCGGUGUCUUUUUGUGCAGAGUCUUUGCAUUGAAGACACCGCAUCAAAUGGCACGCGGUGCUCAACACUUGCGCGCCCGGUGCCUUCAAUGCCUAGUUUGUGCACAAAAAGACACCGCAGUUGGUAAUUUUUCAAUAGAGGGCACUACCAAUUUUGUUUCGUCGGAUUGGUCUAUAAGUAAAACACAUUGAGAAAUAAACCCAACUGUCUAGCUAGUUCCAAAUAUAAAAUAUUGCUGAUAAAUAAUCUUUCUUCUGUGAACUUGAGAGAGUUUACUUAUUGUAAUGAAUAUAGGUUCAUCAAUAAUGCGUCAAUGUUUUGUUAGGACUACGGCAAAAUUUCAUACUGCUUAUCACAUGCUGCUUACCACAAAACACAACAAGUAGCUAAGAACAGUAAUAGCAUGCUUACAAGACUAAGGUUACCAGCCAAAUUAUAAUGUGACAUGUAUAAUUUGUGAUUGCUAUCCUGUUCAUUUCUGCUAAGCAGGAAAUAGUUAGGCAAUAUUGUCUGCUUAAGCAGCUCUAUGAAAUUGGGCCUUAAAAUGUCUGAAGUUAUAAUAUGAUUAUAACUCCCACACAAAGAAGAUGUAGAGUAUUUUGUUUGGUGUGUUUGGUUUAUUUUAGUUUUAUUUAUAGUCAGCUGAAAUUGAGUUUGACAUGAUGAGUUAAUCAAUGAAGAUAGUGUUCCGUUGGCAGUACUUCUUGUCUGGAGUUUUAAUUAAUAAAUAAUUAGAAAGAAAGGUGUAGCCUUGGGUUUUUUAAUUUGAUUGUCUAGCCAGGAAAUAGGGUUCACACACUUACAUCAGUUUAGUUAGAACAAAAUGUGUUCUUUUCACAUUUUUGUAGGUGGGAACAAUUGGAAAUAGUUAAAUGCAGUUUGUCAAAUAAAUCAAUUAGGUGUCCGACUGUUCAA